AUGAAUUCAGUCAAAAGUCUAGGUUCAACUCACCUCCUAGCUGACCUCGAAGAUCUCUCUGUGGAGAUAUCCAAUCUCUCCCAUCAUCUUUCGCAUAAGACACCUUCAUCCCCUGCAGCUCCGAAAUCCUCAACUGCAUCUCGUUUGUCGAAACUGAUAUCACAUGUUCUACCUUCCCGAUCGGUCUCACUCCGUAAAAGAGGGACAGGAAAAUACAAGGAUGUCGAUGCUAGACCACUUAUCUUCAGAAGAGGUUCAGAUGAUUCCGACCAGACUCUCGUUGAUCCCUCAAACAACGAACUUAGUGCUGAAGAACUGUUAAAUCUCUUAGCUCCGUCGAUGACAAGAUUACAAAGAUUGAGCCGUAAAGUAGCUGCUUCAAAUAAUGGAUUCAGUUCUACUGAUUAUUCAGUCAAAAGUACAUUUAACGACAUCUGUACACAAUUCUUAGACUUGCUUCAGUCUCUCCGAUGUCCUUCUUCCUCGGAUCCGGAUACAGAUCCGGAUUACAAGGGAAAUGACGACCCGAGAGACGAUUCAGAAGAAUUGGAAAUGCGUAAUUUAAUGUUAUCAGCUCUGACCAAGAAGCUUCAAAUAGAGAACAAUAGGUGUUCAUCUCUAUCUCCUUCUUUGAUAGAUGCGAGAAAUCCAUUCAUAAUCCAUUCAUCUUCCUUGAGCUCCGAAUCUAAGAUACGAUCAAUUUCCAGCUUGGAAUCAAGACCAAGCACAGUGAAGGGGAUGAAAUUUGCUGGAAACGAUUUUGUGGAUACGGAAAUACUUCUAUCACCUUCUAUCCAUCCGAAAAGAUUUAGUAAACCUAUCAAAAUAGACCACAAAAACAUCGAUAUCGAUAAGGAUAAGGUUGGAGGAACAGAAGAUGAGAUCAAUACUGUAGGGAGUUUCUCUUCUUUCCUAAGCAAAUAUCAAAAUUCAACUAACUCACGUCACAUUGAUAAUAUGAACAAUCCUUGGGCUCAAAAUGUAAUUAGAUUGGGCAGUUUUCAAGCUAGUUUACUGUUCUCAAAUAGUCCAAUAGCUGUCAGGAAAUUAAGUGGAAAUAAUCCAAAUCCAUUUCUAUGA